AUGGCGCCCAAAACUGAAGGCAAGGCUAUCGGCAUUGACCUUGGCACCACCUACAGCUGUGUUGGGGUCUGGCAGAACGACAGGGUGGAGAUAAUCGCCAACGAUCAGGGCAACCGCACCACUCCUUCGUAUGUUGCCUUCACCGACACAGAGCGACUCAUCGGCGAUGCGGCCAAGAACCAGGUCGCCAUGAACCCUCACAACACCGUCUUCGACGCUAAGCGCCUCAUCGGCCGGAAAUUCUCCGACCCUUCCGUACAGGCAGACAUGAAGCACUGGCCGUUCAAGGUCAUCCCGGGCCCCGGUGACAAGCCGAUGAUCAUGGUCCAGCACAAAGGCGAAGAGAAGCAGUUUGCUCCGGAAGAGAUUUCGUCCAUGGUGCUGGUUAAAAUGAGGGAAAUUGCGGAGGCCUUUCUAGGUCAGACCAUCAAGAACGCUGUUGUCACCGUCCCGGCCUACUUCAACGACUCGCAGAGGCAGGCGACCAAGGAUGCUGGCUCAAUCGCCGGUCUGAACGUUCUCCGGAUCAUCAACGAGCCCACCGCCGCCGCAAUUGCUUACGGGCUGGACAAGAAGGGUUCGAGGAGCGGCGAGAAGAAUGUUCUCAUCUUCGAUCUCGGUGGAGGAACUUUUGAUGUCUCUCUGCUGACGAUCGAGGAAGGGAUCUUCGAAGUGAAGGCCACCGCCGAUAUCAGCAGCAACGCCAGAGCUCUGAGGCGGUUGCGAACUGCCUGCGAGAGGGCGAAGAGGACUCUGUCUUCCACCUCUCAGACCACCAUCGAAAUUGACUCCCUCUACGAAGGUAUCGACUUCUACUCCACCAUUACUAGGGCUAGGUUUGAAGAAUUGAACAUGGAUUUGUUUAGGAGGUGUAUGGAGCCCGUGGAGAAGUGCCUCCGCGAUGCCAAAAUAGACAAGGGGCAGAUAAAUGAUGUGGUUCUGGUUGGAGGGUCGACGAGGAUUCCCAAAGUCCAGCAGCUGCUCCAGGAUUUCUUCAACGGGAAGGAGCUCUGCAAGAGUAUUAAUCCUGAUGAGGCAGUAGCUUACGGAGCAGCUGUUCAGGAUGUUACCCCUCUCAGCUUGGGCCUCGAGACCGCCGGCGGCGUGAUGACUGUUUUGAUUCCAAGGAACACGACGAUCCCAACCAAAAAGGAGCAAGUUUUCUCGACCUACUCGGACAACCAGCCUGGGGUUUUGAUUCAGGUGUACGAAGGGGAAAGGGCGAGAACGAAAGAUAACAAUCUGUUGGGCACUUUCGAGCUCAAAGGCAUUCCUCCCGCGCCCAGGGGAGUUCCGCAGAUCAAUGUGUGUUUCGACAUUGAUGCCAACGGUAUCCUGAACGUGUCGGCGGAGGACAAGACAGCCGGAGUGAAGAACAAGAUCACGAUCACGAACGACAAGGGGAGGCUGAGCAAGGACGAGAUUGAGAGGAUGGUGCAGGAGGCAGAGAAGUACAAGGCGGAGGACGAGGAAGUGAAGAAGAAAGUUGAUGCUAAGAAUGCUCUGGAGAACUACGCGUAUAACAUGAGGAACACGGUGAAGGACGAGAAGUUUGCAGGGAAGCUGGAUCCGGCUGACAAGCAGAAGAUUGAGAAGGCCAUUGACGAUGCGAUUCAGUGGCUGGAGGGGAACCAGUUGGCCGAGGUUGAAGAGUUGGAGGACAAGCUGAAGGAGUUGGAAGGACUCUGCAAUCCGAUCAUUUCCAAGAUGUAUGGAGCCGGAGCCGGAGCCGGUGGUGAUGUGCCGAUGGGUGGUGGUUCUGGCGGGUCUGGUGCAGCAGGUGCUGGUCCUAAGAUUGAGGAGGUUGACUAA